AUGAAGUUUUCGGUCAUGUUAACGGAAUAAAAUUUCUUGACCUUGAUGAGUCUGCAGUUCUUGACUUAUUAGAAUACGAGUUGCCACGUAAUCAAGAAAUUUAUUGGAAUCCUUCCGAAGACACUCAUCCGAACCAACAUUGGAUAGAUCAGAUUCUUGCGAUAUUUAUGUUUGAAAAUUCACAAUACGAUUUCUUAGAAUUUUCAAAGUUUCCAUUAUUACCGAUGGAAUGGCCAGAAAAAAAGCUCGUCUUAUUUAACCCUUAUGAUCCUUUACUAUUCUUACCUCCAGAAUUGUAUGAUUAUGGACCAAUGAUUCCGAUAUUAGCAAAAUUAGGAGUUAGGUUUACUACGUGUAAGCCUCCUCCACAAAAUAAUGGACUUAAUCCAAAUCUUGCAAUUAUUAGAGAAUGUAUUCUUUUAUCAACUCCAACAAACAUGGUUGAAUCACUUAAAAGAGCCGUUUCAAAAUCAUCGAAAACAUUAGAACAAAUAUUUUUGGAUCUCAAUUCAGAUGAAAUUGAAAAGUUUAGAAAUUUUGUUCGGAAUGCAUCUAGAAUCAAUUUGGGUAAGCUUUAUUAA